AUGUCUGCCUGGGCCACCGAAGACCUGGCAAAUGCCCUACCGGCUGCCAACGAAGCCACUUCCACUGCUCCCACGCGUACCCCACAAGAGCAUGGUUGGGCUGAAAAGCAAAACUACAAUUAUGCUGUGUACAACAAAUCCAACAAGGAGAUUGCUGAUCAGCGUGCCGCCUCAAAGCAGACUGCCCUUGGAGGUGACACUGACCACGUCGCCAUCAGAGAGUCAGCUUCUGAGCUUCCUGAUUCUCAACUUGCUGGCGAUGCCGUUGGAGGCCUUCAACCCGGCGAUUGGUCUUCCAAUGCUGCCGUCUACGAGUGGCAAGAAGAGUUCGGUGACGUCGGUCCACGCUUCCCAGAGCUGGAGCAACAACUCUUCGGCUCAGAAUUCCAUGUAAAAAUGGGACUGGACUUUAAAAAUAUCGCUGAAAUCAGCGUCUACCAGGAGGGUGUAGUACGUAUCCAGCCUGUUCUGAGCUUCGCAGAGGCAGGACUUCAUCCUGUCAUGCUCGAUAAUAUCAAGCUCGCCGGUUACAGAGUCCCAACCCCCAUCCAAGCCUACACCAUGCCAGCUGUUCACCAGGGUUACGACCUCGUUGCCUGUGCCCAGACUGGUUCUGGAAAGACUGCUGCUUUCUUGAUCCCAAUCUUGUCUAAGCUGAUGGGUAAGGCAAAGAAGCUGGCCGCUCCUCGCCCUAACCCGGCAACCUUUAUUCCAGGAGUCUCCCAGGCUGUCCGUGCAGAGCCUCUGCUCUUGAUUGUUUGCCCAACACGUGAGUUGGCAACACAAAUCUUUGAUGAAACUCGCCGAUUCUGUUACCGCACCAUGCUUCGUCCAUGCUGCAUCUAUGGAGGAAGCCCGAUUCCUGAGCAAUUGAAUCAACUCGCAAAGGGCUGUGAUGUUCUCAUUGCUACGCCUGGUCGUCUUUGUGAUUUUAUUGACCGACCUCACAUUCUAUCCCUCAACCGAUUGAGGUACAUGGUCAUCGACGAGGCGGAUGAAAUGGUCGGUGCUGAUUGGGACCAAGAGUUGAAGAAGAUCAUGAGUGGCGGUGAUCAAAAUACGUCGCAAAUCAAAUAUUUGAUGUUUUCAGCUACGUUCAACAAGGCCGCACGUGACCUUGCUAAUCACCAUCUUGCGAUGGAUCACUGCAAGAUUCGAGUUGGCCGUGCUGGCUCUACUCACAAGAACAUUAAACAGGACAUCGUCUGGGUUGAGAGCUCUCAAAAGAAGAAGGCCCUGAUCGAUCUCCUGAUGUCGCUCCCUCCGGCGCGCACUAUGAUUUUUGUCAACUCCAAGCGCGGAUGUGAUGAAGUUGAUGAUUAUCUCUUCAAUCUCAACAUGCCCUGUACCUCCAUUCACUCCGACCGCACUCAGAGAGAGCGUGAGGACUCCAUCCGCUCGUUCCGCACAGCUCGUUGUCCUAUAUUGAUCGCUACGCCGGUGGCCGCUCGUGGUUUGGACAUCGCUAACGUUGUUCACGUGAUCAAUUACGAUCUUCCCAGCAACUCUCACGGUGGAAUUGAGGAAUAUAUGCAUCGAAUUGGUCGCACUGGUCGUAUCGGUAACCAUGGCCUGGCAACCUCAUUUUACAAUGAGAGAGACUCGGAUCUGGGCGAGAUGCUUGUCAAGACGUUGCUUGAGACCAAUCAAGAGAUUCCUGAUUUUCUGACAGACUUAAUCCCUGAGGGCUUCGUUCCUGGCCAAGGCGAUGUAAGCACUUUGAAGUUCGAGAUGGAUUCCGAUGAUGAGGCAGAGGCUGGUGGAGAUACAUCUGCUGAUGCUGCCGGUGGAGGCGCUUGGGGUGCGACCACUGGUGCUACUGGUGGAGGUGAUGCUUGGGGUGCGAACACUGGUGCUACUGGUGGUGAUGCAUGGGGAGCUACCAGCGGUGGCGGAUGGGGUGCCUGA